GUUGACGACCACAACUGAAUAUUAACUUAGACUAAUCAUAGACGAAAAUACCCCUGGUUUGCGAAAUAAUUAUAAAGUCUGGUUUUAUUGACGCAAGUUGUUGUGUGGGGUAUUUAAAAUAAUAAAGUGGGUACACCAAUUUUUGUGGACAAACUAUUUAUUCGACAACAAAGAAUGAGAAAACGUGUUAUUUGGGAUUCAAUUGAAAGUUUUGGCAGGAACGAAAAAACUUAAUAUAGGAUUCUUAAGCAUUUAUGAGACCUACAAAAUGAGACCACACAUAAAACGGUCCGACUAGUAUUAAAAAAGUUAUGGCCGAAAACCGAGCCAAAAUGCAGGUUUUGACACUUGUUGCCAAUGCGACAAUAAAUACGUGCAUCUACUUGAAAUUCUUUAAAUCCGAAAGCUUCUUACUUCUAAAUACACAACAAAAUUACAGUCGAUUGGUCAAGUAGUUUUUGAGAAUUCCUAAUUGUUUAUCCCAAAACACCUGUCUUCCGGCCAUCACUACUAGUUUAUUGAGCAACAUGCAGGGUUCGUUUAAAGGGCAUUUCAUUGCAAAGUACACGAGAUUACCUUGCCGAUAUGAAUCAUAAACCAUUCCGGAAGAUAAUUGUUAUUUUUAUGCGAAGAGUCACCCUACUUGUCGCCAUUUUUUUACAUAUAAACAAUUCAAUGGCCACUUUCAAGCUGAAUAACUACGUUAAUUUUGCUGCAUUUUUGUCAAGUAACGUCGUAUCUCAACACACUUGUAUUGCCAACUACAUUUUUGAACCAAUAUCCUCGGCAACUUAUCUUUAUAGAUAAUCUCAUAAUUCUUAUCAUAAUACAUGUACCUCCAGAAUCAACUUUGGGUCCGUUGACAUUAUAUUAUUGAUAAACGAGCUGCCAUCCUAUAUCACCACCAAUGAUACGAUACUCAGAAAUCAAAUUCAAGCGAAUAACCAGAUGAAAAUGGUAUUUACCAUUUUGGAUUGGUAUUUACCGAUCCGUUCAAGCGAGUGUGGUUAUCAGUUUGGUUAUAAAAUCCGUGACGUCAUAUACGUCAUAGUUAUCACCGCAAAAUUGUGGUAUUUACCCAACUCAGGAGUAGUUUAAUAUUUCUGGUUAUUAUUUAAAAUGUGACAAGUUAGAAUUUUGCCGGCUAUUGGAUAUUUUUACUGUAUUUCAGCUUCAUUUUUGGGAAACUUGAUACAGGCUGACUUCAGUUUUAGCAUAAAGUAGAGCACCAUGUUAGUUAUAAUCAUUACUAUUGUUGGGGAUACUUCAAAUCUAGUUCCUAUGCUUAACAAAGUAUCCUGUGUAGCCAUAUACCACAAGAAUAUUGAAAUAUGGCCAUAUAGACUCACUGGAUGAUGUCCACCUGUAUAUUUUUGCUAAUAUCUUUUUUCAUCGCUUUUUCCUAUAAUUUCCGUUAAAUCAAUAAAUGUUUCCUUCGACAUGAGCAAAAGUUUAGAGAAUUGAAAGUUAUCAUAGCUACAAAGCCAUGGUUCCAACAUUAAUAAUUUUUUUCGGAAAAAAAAACAUUUUUCCCAUUAAUAUUAUGAAAGGUUUCUUUUUUAAACUUUCCAUACACCGUUAUAGACGAAAAAGCUCCGAUUAUUAAGUGACAAUUAAAACAAUCAGAAAUUAUAUACGAGCUUUUCUAAAAUAAACAACUUCCAACAAUACCGCGGUUACAACCAACGCGUUCAAGCGAUUCGACUAACUGACGUCAUCAACCCGUGUGUCAUCUAAAACCAUAUUAUAACCGCGGUAAAUAACAUAGAAAUUUUGGUUAUUCGCUUGGAUUUGAUUAGAGUUUGCAUCAUGGCACAAAAAGAGCUCAUUAAUAGUAAAUUAAAGCAAAACCGAGAUCAUACAAUUUUUUUCAGGCGCAGGAUCAAGUCGAAAAAUCCAAAAUGUAUAUAUAAAAGUAAUCUCAGAUAUUAGAGGCCCGUUAUGACGACGAUAAGUGGGAAAGUGGCUUUAGUAACAGGAGGAGCCAAUGGAAUAGGUUUGGCUAUCGUAAACAGCCUUUUAGAAAAUGAUGUCAAGGGUGUAGCGAUGGUAGACAUAACAAAAUCCGAAGGUUUUGAAAGCUUGCAGCAUAAAUAUGGUAGCAAGGUGAUAUUCUUGAAUGCUGAUGUUACAAAAGGCACACAACUGGAAGAUGCUUUCGAAAAAACUGUCCAGACAUUCAAAAACCUGGACCUGGUUUUUAAUAAUGCAGGAAUUGCAGAUGAAGACAGGAAGGAAGAAAUGAUUGCUCUGAAUCUGAUGGCGGUCGUUAGAGGAACAUGUCUAGCUUUGGAGAAAUACUUCCCAAAACAUAAGUCAUCUUCGGAGGAGCCAGUUAUUGUCAACACAGCCUCCAUUUUUGGCUUGGACACGUGGCCGAUAUAUCCUGUGUACUGUGCAUCCAAACAUGGUGUCAUUGGAUUUGGAAAAGCAUUAUCGAUGCCCGAAGCAUACACGAACCACAAGACAAAAAUCAUCUCCAUCUGUCCAACGCUGAUAAAAACAAAUCUAACAACAUUAUUUAUGGUCCAGAAUCCCGAUAUGCCUUAUUUGACCCCUGACGAGGUCGGAAAAAGAGUCAUGGAUAUUUUGAAGAAGACCCAAGGAUGUGCCACAUGGGUCAUUGACGUGAACAAAACAUAUGAAGUCGAAUUUCCUCCUAAAGAAUCUUUGGAAAAGGAAUAGGUGUGUUUCGAACGCGCUCAAUAUAUUACAAAGAAUUGCGGGUAUUUUAUAUUAAGUACUUUAUUGUCACUUUGUCGUGAAUUAUGUUUAAAAUUGUUGUGAAUAAAACUGUUUUCUGACAUUUA